CCGAGGGGCCAAGCGGCGGUGGCGAAGCCUCUGCAGCACUGGCACCCCCGCCGACGCCGCCACCCCGCCCGGGCGGAGGCGGAGGUGGCGGAGGAGCAGCGGCGGAGGAGGCGGCGGCGACGAAGGGCCCUCGGGAGGCAGAAUAUAUUCAUUGAAAGUGAAUCUACUAAGAUUGUGGGGAAGAGAGUCCUGGUUUGGAGUCUGGACUGUUGUAUCUGUUACUCUAAGACUGAGAAGGACUUUACAGCAUCCCCUAGAACUGGAUUUUCACCCUAGUUUGGCAGCUUUGCUGCUCACAUAAAUACUGAUGAAUGAAGACCCCCUUUGGAAAGGCACCAGGUCAGCGAUCCAGAGCUGAUGCAGGGCAUGCCGGUGUGUCUGCUAGCAUGAUGAAGAAGAGAGCUUCCCACAAAAAGCAUCGAAACAACAUGGGACCAAGCAAACCAAUGUCUCAACCCAGAAGAAACAUUGUAGGCUGCAGAAUACAACAUGGAUGGAAAGAAGGGAGUGGACCUGUAACACAGUGGAAAGGAACAGUCCUGGACCAGGUUCCUGUAAAUCCUUCUCUUUAUCUUAUUAAAUACGAUGGAUUUGAUUGUGUCUAUGGACUAGAACUGCACAAAGAUGAGAGGGUUUCGGCACUUGAAGUCCUUCCAGAUAGAGUUGCCUCAUCUCGAAUCAGUGAUGCCCACCUGGCAGAUACAAUGAUUGGCAAAGCAGUGGAACAUAUGUUUGAAACAGAAGAUGGUUCAAAAGAUGAAUGGAGGGGAAUGGUUUUGGCUCGAGCACCUAUAAUGAACACAUGGUUUUAUAUUACCUAUGAAAAGGAUCCUGUCUUAUACAUGUAUCAACUUUUAGAUGACUACAAAGAAGGCGAUCUCCGUAUAAUGCCUGAUUCCAAUGAUUCGCCGCCAGCCGAACGGGAACCUGGUGAAGUUGUGGACAGCCUAGUGGGAAAACAAGUGGAAUAUGCCAAAGAAGAUGGCUCAAAAAGGACUGGCAUGGUCAUUCAUCAAGUGGAAGCCAAACCCUCAGUCUAUUUCAUCAAAUUUGAUGAUGAUUUCCAUAUUUAUGUUUAUGAUUUGGUGAAGACAUCCUAGACACCAUUCAAACUUUUGCCAAACUUGUGGAACUUCAAUGUAAAAUUUGUAGACACAAAAGACUUAACUGCUUUCCAGUUUAUUUGAAAGCUUAAAUGUCCCUGCGAGCCCACAAUCUCUGCCAGGAAAACUAUUCCAUUGUGAACUGUACAAAUAGACUUCUAUGUGAACAUGACACAUUUUGUGUAGGGGAACUCCUUUUCUUGAAGGAAGUCUCCUGGUUUGGGGCGGUAUGUGGAUGAAGUUAGGAAAAACAGCAGCUGCAAAUUCAAGCUGUGUAAGCGGAUCUAGCAGUGUAAUCAUGGAUUUGAUUCCCCUCCUCCCCCCAGUUAUAACUUUUCUGCAGCUUCUCACUUAACUGUUCAACUGCCACAUGCAAAUGUUUCUUGGUAUUAUAUUGCUUUCAUAUGUGUAACAUUAAGUUUUCUUGUCCGGCAGUCCUUGUUUCCAGAGUUUGGGCAGAAAUGAAUAUAAAAUAUUUAAAGCAGUGUUAAGGAGUGCCUAACCCAAUUAACAUCUUUGUACUCCAUUCAGGUUAGUAGAUAAGCUACUUUUACAUUUUAGUUACAGAAAGUAGAACAUUGAAUAACUGUUUCACUGUUGAUGAGAAAAUGCAGAGCAAGAGCCCAUAUUGGCAAAUGUAGGAUCUGGUCAAACUAAGUAAAACACUAAUGCCUUCAGUUCUAAAUGUUGGAGGGACUUCUGUUUCUUUAGUAGAACUCAGGUGCUUGGUGCCAUAUCAGUUUAAUCAUUCGUGUAAUAUUGAAGGAGUUCUACAUGGCAACUACUGGGUGUUUCCAUAUCAAGGCUAGCAACCUAGAUUACUUGUGUGUGGACUGAAACAUGUUUCAUGUAAAGACAAACCUUACAAAAGAGUCCUCAUACAUUAAAACUUGUGUUGCAGAGAAGGAAAAUCAUUUGUUGCCUUCUGUUUUGAUCUGUUGCAUUCCUUUGUAUUUAAUAGUGUUUUGUUAAAGAAGGCAUCUACCUUUUCCCUGGCCUUUCUUCUAGGAAUGUGUCCAGAUAAGACAUAUAACUCAAAUCUAUUGUCACCUUUUGUGCUGUACAUUGUAUUUGCUCGAGUAUGCUGUUUAUGUGAACUUCAUUAAAAGAACACUAGGGUUCUGCAUGCCAUGGACGUACUAUCUAGCUAAAGCUGGAGAGUCUCCGUGGUUCAGUUAUCUGCAGCAGACUGGGAAAGUAAAUAAGCAGCCCACAGCCACAGAAUUCAGUCUUUAUUUUUAUUCCUCUUCUUUUCCCCUCCUUUUUUGUAACAUGGUAGGCUGAUAUGGUAGCUUUAUAAAGAAAUCAGUGUGAAAAUAGUAAAGUAACAAACUGAGACAGGGCAUUGCAGUUAUUAAAGGACUGCCUUGCACAAUUAAAUAAAAGCCAAACACCAUUGUUUAUAUGCUAUUUAGAAGAGAAUUAAAAAAAACUGUUGCUGAUCAGCUUACUUACUGAGGCCCAGAUUAUCUCUGGUGUUGACUAUACAUAUUAAACUUCACAUGGUUUUAAACCCUUCUUAUUUUUAUUUUUUGCCUGAAAUCAUAUUGUAGCCUUAAGGCUUGUGCCUCAUUAUGCUCUAAUGGUAAUAAAUGCUCACCAUAUAAAUACAGUAUCUUAAAAUCUCUUGUCCAUUGCUACUGUUGCAUUAUGUCCAGUAUUUCAUCAUGGGCAACCAAAGGCAGGCUAUUGUCUUUUCCAUGAAGAGCUUCUCAAAUGCAGUCCUUAAGCCCUAAAUACCUGAGUCAUAAAUGUCCCUGUGUUCUUGAACAAAGUGAGCAGAUUUGCAACCCAGUGUUUUUCAUCCUGCAGAUCUGUAUGUUUUCUAUUGACUCUUUCGAGUCCUGCAUGUAAAUCUCAAAGCUGAGCCUGGCUCCAUGAGCCCAAGUUGAUAUUUGUGGCACAAGAAUGAGUGAGUGUAUUUGAACAUACACAAGACACACAUAAAUGUAGUACUUCGAAAAUUGUGGCUACAUAAACAAUGAAGCCAAGGUAUGAUUCAAGAUACUUGCUGAGGAUUAAGUAGACCGAAAAUGUCAGAGAGCUUGCAAUGAGGGAGGGGGUUUUCUGCGAGUCUCUUAAUACACUACAUUCUGCCAGUUUAGAGUAAUCUAUAUUCUGUAUAAAUUUUAUGGUUUUUUAAAUGUCCACAUUGUCUGCCUUUUUGAUAGCGUAGAACUCCUUUUGCUUUUGUUUUUCAGAGGCUUGAGACUUAAUUCUACUCCCUGCCCAUCUGCUUUUGGGCUUUGUUUUAGGCUCAUGUUUCAGAUCUGCAUGCAGUGCUUGUUACCCUGGUAACUAAAUGUUGGUUCCUUGCUCGAGGGAUUCAACAUGGUUUUCAAGUUAUCAUGGGGCUUGUGGUGGCACAAGCUAUGGAUCUGUGUAUAAAAGUUACUGGCCUUUCUCCAUUUACCUGCUGUAGUAUUGUAUAUUGUGUGUUUUGCGUGAUGUCAGGCUGCCCUGUACAAUUUUAAACGAUGAACUUAAAAAUGCAGACCAUCCCUUUUUUGCAUGCUUAGAAAGUAGAAUGUUCAAUGUAACAAACUUAAAAGUUGCAUGUUUAAAAAUGUUUAGGUUCUUAGUUUUUUAUUUUCUUUUUGUGUUUUUUGUGGAUUUGCUUAUUGUGCUGUUUUAAUGGUGGUUAGUAGGAUUAAAUGCACUGGUGAGGCAAACAUAGUGCCAACAGGAGGUAACUUUCCAGUUGUAUGUGUCAUGCAGCGUUUGAAGGGACCAUGUACUCUCCUCAGAAUAAAAUAAAAUCAGUUGAAUUCAACCCUUAUGAUUUUUUGUGCCAAAUCUUAAGUUCAAAGUAGAGUCAUAUCGAAACCUCAAACAAUAAUGGGAAAAAGCCUUUUUCACUGGAUAUCUUUUUUACCUUCUUAAAUUGGAACCAUUAAAAAUAAUAAAAGGCUUCUCUGCAGAAACUUCAAUUGUUACAAUUUCAGAGAAUAGGAGGAAAAGUUUCAACAGUUUGUGGUUCCUUGAAAAUGCUGUGCUUUUUGUAUUUUACAUCAUUAGUGCAAUUUGGAUGGUUAUUGAUAUGUGUAUAGUUCAAAGGUCUUCGUGUUCACAUUUAAAAUUAGGUAAAUGACUUCAUCGCUAGAGCUUGGUUUCAUUUUUUAACAAUGUAGACAGUUCCCUGUUCUCUGCAUUUAGAAGUAUAAACACUUUAAAUCUGUUAAUUCUGUAAGUAAUUUUUAUAAUUAUGAUGUAACUCUAUCCUUAAAACAUUUAAAAUAAACCCUUUAUGUGCAACA